UGGGGGGAGGGGGUGGGAGAAGAAGCGUGGGCUUGACGCCGGCGCGCUGAGGCCGGUGCUGUCAGUUCAGUCGGCUGCGCGGUGCGGCGGUUGGGGCUGUCCAAGCAGCGAGGAGGGCCUGAGGCGCCCCCCCCCCGCGCGCCGCCCGAAAAUGACGAACCACCUGCCCCCGUGCGUGGUUGACGGCGGCACCGGGUAUACAAAACUGGGCUAUGCAGGGAAUACUGAACCACAAUUCAUUAUCCCAUCAUGUAUUGCAAUACGAGAAUCAGCAAAAGUAGGCGACCAAGCACAGAGGCGGCUGACGCAAGGAAUUGAUGAUCUAGACUUCUUCAUUGGAGAUGAAGCCAUAGAUAAACCUACCUAUGCUACAAAGUGGCCUAUACGACAUGGUAUUGUGGAAGACUGGGAUCUUAUGGAGAGGUUCAUGGAGCAGGUUAUUUUUAAAUACCUUCGAGCUGAACCAGAGGAUCACUACUUCUUAAUGACGGAACCUCCAUUGAACACACCUGAAAACAGAGAAUACCUUGCAGAAAUUAUGUUUGAAUCUUUUAAUGUACCAGGACUUUACAUUGCUGUUCAGGCGGUGUUAGCCUUAGCUGCAUCCUGGACGUCACGGCAAGUUGGGGAGCGUACCUUAACAGGCACUGUCAUUGACAGUGGUGAUGGUGUGACCCAUGUCAUUCCAGUGGCAGAAGGUUAUGUAAUUGGAAGCUGCAUCAAACAUAUCCCUGUUGCAGGCAGAGAUAUUACGUAUUUCAUCCAACAGCUCCUAAGGGAAAGGGAGGUGGGGAUUCCACCUGAACAAUCGCUGGAAACGGCUAAAGCCAUAAAGGAAAAAUACUGUUACAUUUGCCCUGAUAUAGUAAAAGAAUUUGCCAAGUAUGAUGUUGACCCACGUAAGUGGAUCAAACAAUACACAGGCAUUAAUGCAAUCAACAGAAACAAAUUUAUUAUUGAUGUUGGUUAUGAAAGGUUCCUUGGUCCAGAAAUCUUCUUUCAUCCAGAGUUUGCCAAUCCAGACUUCAUGGAGUCCAUUUCGGAUGUUGUUGAUGAAGUCAUACAGAACUGCCCCAUUGACGUUCGGCGUCCUUUAUAUAAGAAUGUGGUUCUUUCAGGAGGGUCCACAAUGUUCAGGGAUUUUGGGCGCCGGCUACAGAGAGACUUGAAAAGAGUCGUGGAAGCUCGACUGAAAGUCAGCGAAGAGCUCAGUGGUGGUCGGAUAAAGCCCAAACCGAUUGAAGUUCAAGUGAUAAGUCACCACAUGCAGCGCUAUGCAGUCUGGUUUGGAGGAUCCAUGCUUGCAUCCACGCCAGAAUUCUUCGAAGUAUGUCACACCAAGAAAGAUUAUGAAGAAUAUGGUCCUAGUAUUUGCCGUCAUAAUCCUGUGUUUGGAGUUAUGUCUUAACCCCCAUUGUGUGGAGGUAUCUGCUCUUGUGUCUGAUAGACCUCCUUUUUGGAUGGUUGGAGGACAGAACAUGUGCUGUAAAUACUGAGAAACACAGUGUGGGUAUUCCCUUGCCUUGGGGAGGAGAACUUGAAGGCCACAGUGUGCACUGGAAUCAUGCAAUGCAAUGCAAUGGACAACCCAGAACUGUUUCCACAAAAGCCAUGAAUGUGCCAAUUAUUUCACAUAUCCCUUCUCCCCCCCCCCCCACCUCACCCAACAUGAGCUUCCAGCUGAUGGGCAAACUCCUGCUUGGAAGAUUGUGUAAAUGGGAGUUGCAGAGAAAAAUAGAAAGAAAACAAAGCCAAAAGGCUCACUGUCAAACUCCUGGAAAAGUGCUUAAGUGUUUCUGACGUCAACCUUCAACCUGAAUCUGGUCUGCAAUGAUGAGACUCUAAUGCUGGCAAAUCACUGCGUUGGUUUCCAUGUUGAGCAUGAUAGUCUUCCCUGAACAGAUGAGAAAGUAAUGUGGAGGGUCUUCAUUUGUAGAAAAAUACUCUAAUCUUGCAAUACAAUUUUUUAAAUGACAGUUUAUUGAGAUGGUUUUUCUGGGUUGAGCACAAACGGGUAGUAAUCUCAUGCAGUUGGUGGAAAUAGUGCAAGUUUCCAGUUGAGAUGUGGACUGGUAGGUCUUGUUGGCCAAAAGAGAAAACAACCCCAAGCCCCCUUUUUGGGUAUAUGUGUGCUUAAAAAAAAAAAAAAAAAAAGUGGUGGUACUACUUUGAGUGAAAUGAAUGUUUACGCCUCUGAAAGUAUUGUAUGAGAUUUACUACUGCUAUUUAUUUAACUUUUAUUGUUUGGGGGCUGGUGCGUGGUGGGUGAAAAACUGCUGACUACUGGUGAAAUAAAAGCUGUUAAGAUGUU